AUGGCCGCGGCUAUUGCGAGCGGGCUCAUCCGACAGAAGAGACAGGCGCGCGAACAGCAUCUGGACCGACCCUCCACGAACCGCCGGAGGAAGAGUCCCAACAAGAACAAGGGUCUCUGCAAUGGGAACCUAGUCGACAUCUUCUCCAAAGUGCGCAUCUUCGGCCUCAGGAAACGUAGACUACGAAGACAAGAUCCCCAGCUCAAGGGUAUAGUAACCAGGUUAUAUUGCAGGCAGGGCUACUACUUGCAAAUGAACCCCGAUGGCUCGCUUGAUGGGACCAAGGAUGACAGCAGUAAUUCCUCUUUGUUCAACCUUAUUCCUGUGGGCCUCCGAGUUGUCGCCAUUCAGUCCGUGAAGACAGGGUUAUACAUUGCAAUGAACGGGGAGGGCCAUCUGUACACAUCCGAACUCUUCACAGCAGAGUGCAAGUUCAAAGAGUCGGUCUUCGAGAACUACUAUGUGAUCUAUUCAUCCAUGUUGUACAGACAACAGGAGUCAGGGCGAGCGUGGUUCCUAGGGCUUAACAAAGACGGACAAGCCAUGAAGGGGAACCGAGUGAAGAAAACCAAACCAGCUGCUCACUUCCUGCCCAAGCCAUUAGAAGUUGCCAUGUACAGAGAGCCAUCGUUGCAUGAUGUAGGCGAGACAGUCCCCAAGGCGGCGGUACCUCCCAGUAAAAGCACAAGUGAGCCUGCAGUGAUGAACGGAGGGAAACCAGUCAGUAAGCCUGACAAGCCCCCGACAUAGCCACACCUCAGGCUGUGUCUGCAGAGAGGAGGAACAACCACACGAGGCAGGGCUCUCCUAAGCGGACUCUUCAUCAUCUCUUCUGUGGACAGGAUCCUGGUGGCCCUCCUCUCUCGUCUCGCCCCUUUUCCCUCUUCUCUUCCUCCAGACGGUCUCAGAUUUGUGGGCAGUUUCUCCAGGAUGAGAGGGAAGAGGACUGUGUUCAUGGAAUGCCUUUCAAUUCCUCAGAAACUGUGACAAUUCAUUUGAAUAAUACAUGUUUUACAGCCACACACUGGUGGUACUUUGCUUGCUGACGGUCCUCCCUGCCCUGUCUCUAAAGCCCUUGCAGCAGAGUGUGUGUACCUUCAGAUCUAUUUUCUAUACCACUGUCACCAGCUACGUUCUGGGAUAGAGACUGUAUAGCUAGACAAAAUAUUUGGACUGUAGUCCUCUAUUUUUUACAAGUAUGUUCCCCUUGUCCCUAUCUUUCUAAUCUCACACUUUUCUCUUUGUCAGAUUGUCUAGAAAAAAAAACAAAAAAACAUUUUUUUGCAGAGGAGGAGUGUGAUUUUUUAAGAAUUGCGUUGACACAGAUGUGGCAUCAGACAAACACGCAGACACACUGACAGACACAGAGGGUUUGUGGGGAUCUUAGAUGUUGUUUUUACAGCCCAUAAAAACACACAGGAGGCUGGGAGAUCGCUCCUGCAAUCAUAGUUGAUGAAGUGCUAAUUACCGCCACUGCAAUCAAUGCAAGGAGCUCCCUUCACACAUACACACACAGAGGAUGUGCGUGUGAGCGCGAUGUAGAAAAUGGUGUAUACAUAUCACUGGAGUCCCACCAGCGGUUCAGCCUGUCCGCUCUAGUAAAGAAAACCUGAGUCUAUUUUUCUUUAGUCUGAUUUCUGAGCAUGGGCUCCAGGAAUAUCUCUAGGCCUUGUAGGCCUCUGUCCCUCUGCAGUACAAGGCUUAUGGCUUUGACCCACAGGUCUGCAGCACUGGCAGCCAUGUCAUGGCAGCACAUAGCCAGAAAACAACAUGGCUGACACCAUCGGUGAUAAUUAUACUGGCUGCGUAACUAUUUGGUUCAGCAAAUAAAGCAUGGACAGAAUAACAUUAUGUUCUCUUCUUGCAGCUGUUAUACACGAGAUGGCUUCUAUUAUAACGUUUUCACUGUAUAAAUCCUAAGGACAAUGACAAAUACAAAUCAUAAGUUUCUAAAUGACUAGAUAAUAUGAUUAUUAAUAGAUGAUAUGUCUCCUAGCUCAGCAUGCAGAGUCCAUAGAGAUCAUCUUGGCCUAUCCUGUGCCUGUUGGACCUGACUCCCGGCAUGCAAAAACAGGUUCCCAGUCCCCACUGGGCCAAAGGUGCCUCACCCAAACACCCACACUCCCCUAGAGGACACGUAGCAUUCACCACCACUCAGAAAUGACCAAAGCCUUUUUCAUCCCAGAACUGAUUCUUAACACAACAAUUCUGAUUCAAUUGACUGGAGCUUUCACUGUGAUAGCAUCUGUUCAGUUUUUGAAAGAAUCUCCUCCUCUCAGACCUUGAGUUCAAAAACAAAGGUCUGGCCUGAUGUCAUUUUUCAGAAGUAUGUAUAUCUUGACUUACUCACGUGCAUGUCUUUUCUAUAAGGAACAACGUGUGGGGCUGGGCUUUAGUAGUGUGGGAGAUGAAUGGGCAUGUUGUAGGCUAUGGCACAUUCACAGCCAACCUGAACCCACGCCACUUUCUGUUUGCAUUCCCAUCUUCUGUUUUUCGCAUUUGAAGACUGUUAGCAGUUUCUAAAAUAGGAUCAAUCAAUUUGUAUUUGUCUUGCUUUAAAAUUUAUAUUGAUAAUAGAUUAUAUAAGAACGACUAGAAUGUUGCUGCUGUAUGCUGCUAAAACUGCAACUUACAUUAUUUUAUAUUAUUUCCACAUUGACAUUUCUUAUUACAGCACAUUGAAGCACAUGACAUGAAUUUGCCUGUUAACUAUAAAGAACUGGAGACCACUAUACUUCUUAAGGGGGCUGAUUUUUCAAUCCUUUUUAUGGCAUCUUCUUACCCUGUUAACUCUACAUGCUGGGCUGGUGGUCCUAGCCCUGCAGACCCAAAUAAAACUGGCUGACUUUAUUUUUGUAAAUGACUGGUGUGUAAAUGUUCAGAUCUCUGUAACCACUUGUUCAUUUGGUUUCUUUGUCUGUUUGGAUCAUUUCUCUUGUAUACGGGUCGUGUGUGAUGUUGUCUCCAGACUCCAAAAACAUCCUUAUUUUUUCCUAGUAAUUCCUUUGUGCUGUUUUAAUUAUUUGUCCCAUCUGUUGCAUGGGAAGAGGAUGGCAUUUGAAGAACUGCAUGUAGUAGGCUAUGUCUAUCAAGAACUGUUGGUAUCGCUAAUUUUACUUACAUAUAUGCAACAUGUUUGUCUACACUAUACAGUUUGUGUUUGGUUGUAUACAUAUAUACAACAUGUUGAAUAAAAUAUUUAUAUAAAGGUGUACUGUAAUGUCAGUAACAUACUUAAUAAUGCAAUAUAGUGUGCAGUAUAUUAUUGCACCUGUCGUUUCGAUGGGGACAGAGCAAACCAAGGCGGUUGGCUAGUUUAAGCAUGAAAAAGGCCAAAGUAGAAUUUACAUUAAAUUUUCUUUGUGACUUUAUCUGCUCUUUUCCAAUGGUGAGUGAGCUCUUGUGCAGAUGCAGCUCCAUCCCCUUCCUCUGGAGUGACAUGGACAUCCAGCAUGCCCCGACUGAAAUAUGUAUGCCCUAACUCUUUCAGUUUGUCCACUUACAGUCACUAGAUUGAUUUGAAUGACAAGCGAGUACCUCUGAGAAUGGCAGGUACAGGUUCCAUGGCAGAUUGUAAAUGAUUGCUUUGGCAAAGAAUAAGGCACUAUUAAAAUGAUUUAUUUUCAAAAGAAAUAUCUAUAUAUGAUAUAUACCAUUGCAAG